CCGAGACAUAAACAAAGACAAGGAUAAUCUUUCUAAGCAGAAUGCUCUAAAGGAUCCGAUGUACAAAUAAAAAAAAAAGAUUUAUUUUGACAUGAAAUGGAUAUAUCCAUAAAACUCUGACUUAUAUUUAUGAGAUGAUAAAAUAUGGCAAAACCUUUACCAAAAAUUGGUUCACGAAGAAACGGACGUAUUGGUUCGCGUAAGAAUUCACGUAAAAUACCAAAAGGAGUUAUUCAUGUUCAAGCAAGUUUUAACAAUACUAUUGUGACCGUUACAGAUGUACGGGGUCGAGUGAUUUCUUGGUCCUCCGCUGGCACUUGUGGAUUCAGGGGCACAAGAAGAGGAACGCCAUUUGCUGCUCAAACCGCAGCAGGAAAUGCUAUUCGGACAGUAGUGGAUCAAGGUAUGCAACGAGCAGAAGUCAUGAUAAAGGGUCCUGGUCUCGGACGAGAUGCGGCAUUAAGAGCUAUUCGCAGAAGUAGUAUACUAUUAAGUUUCGUCCGGGAUGUAACCCCUAUGCCACAUAAUGGCUGCAGACCCCCUAAAAAAAGGCGCUGGAAAUGUGUUGAAUCAAGAACCGAUAAUAAACGUCUUUAUUAUGGACGCUUUAUUCUGUCUCCUCUUAUGAAAGGCCAAGCCGACACAAUAGGCAUUGCGAUGCGAAGAGCUUUGCUUGGAGAAAUAGAAGGAACAUGUAUCACACGUGCAAAAUCUGAGAAAAUACCACACGAAUUUUCUACUAUAGCAGGUAUUCAAGAAUCAAUACAUGAAAUUUUAAUGAAUUUGAAAGAAAUUGUAUUAAGAAGCAAUUUGUAUGGAACUUGUAACGCAUCUAUUUGUGUCGAGGGUCCUGGAUAUGUAACUGCUCAAGACAUCAUCUUACCGCCUUUUGUGGAAAUCAUUGAUAAUACACAGCAUAUCGCUAGCCUAACGGAAGCAAUUGAUUUGUGUAUUGGAUUACAAAUCGAGAGGAAUCGCGGCUAUCGUAUAAACCCAACAAAUAACUUUCAAGUUCAAGACGGAAGUUAUUCUAUAGAUGCUGUAUUCAUGCCUGUUCGAAAUGCGAAUCAUAGUGUUCAUUCUUAUGGAAAUGGGAAUGAAAAGCAAGAGAUACUUUUUCUCGAAAUAUGGACAAAUGGAAGUUUAACUCCUAAAGAAGCACUUCACGAAGCCUCCCGGAAUUUGAUUGAUUUUUUUAUUCCUUUUCUACAUGCAGAAGAAGAAAACUUACAUUUAGAAAAAAAUCAACACAAAGUUACUUUACCCCUUUUUACUUUUCAUGAUAGAUUGACUAAAUUAAGAAAAAAUAAAAAAGAAAUAGCAUUGAAAUACAUUUUUAUUGACCAAUCAGAAUUGACUCCUAAGAUCUAUAAUUGCCUCAAAUGGUCCAAUAUACAUACAUUAUCGGAUCUUUUGAAAAAGAGUCAAGAAGAUCUUAUGAAAAUUGAACAUUUUCGCAUAGACGAUGUAAAACAUAUAUUGGGUAUUCUAGAAAUAGAAAAACAUUUCGCAAUUGAUUUACCAAAGAAUAAAAUAUAAAUCCAUUGGAUUUAUAUUCAUUUUCAUCUUUUUUUUUUCUAAA